CAAAGGAACAGAGAAAAUGAAGUAUCUUAUCAACGUGAAUUACGUCUUGUCCUUGAACAUAAGAAGAAAUGCAAAAGAAGAGCAGUAGAAACUGUUAAAGAGCGUGAGGUAUGCCUCAUUCGUGACCGUAAUAGAAAAUACCAAAAAGUAACAUUAGAAACUGAUGAACAACAUGAAAAACACCUAAACGAUCGUCGUAAAAGAAGACAUCAUCUAAGAAUUAUUGAUGAAUAUCGAAACCAAAAUGUCAAUCUGCAGUAG